UUGCCUGAAACUGCUGACGUGGUCGUAAUCGGCGCCGGUGUGGUCGGUUGUUCGGUCGCCUACUAUCUGGCCCGGGAAGGGGUCAGUGUGACCCUGCUGGAGCGCGAGGCCAUUGGCAGCGGGGCCUCGGCUCACGCCACCGGUUCCCUCAGUCUGCUGGGCGCCGAGUUCUCCCCCGGGGCGUCGUUCCAAAUUGCCCGGGCCUCUUACGCCGAGUUUCCCCAGAUCGUUCCCGAGCUGGAAGCCGCCACCGGCAUGGACCUGCUCUACCAGCGUCGUCCCUCCCUCCGGUUGGCCCUGGACGACGACGAGGCCAGUCUGAUCAGAGAGUUGAUGGCCUGGCAGCAACCCCAUGUCCCGAUGCACUGGAUUGACGCCGGGGAGGUCCAGUCCAUCGAACCACGCCUCUCCCCAUCCAUCAUCGGCGCCGUGUAUGAGGACGAGUCUGCCCAGUUGGACAGCUACCGCUUCAACCUCGCCCUGGCCCGUGGCGCCGAGCUCAAAGGCGCCCACAUCCGUCACCGUGAGGUGACCGGCCUGGUCGCCGCUGGCCCCACGAUUUCCGGCGUCAGGACCGCCUCCGGGGAAAUACACUGCGGCACGGUGGUGGUGGCCGCCGGCACCUGGAGCCGAGCCUUCACUCCCUGGCUGGACUUCCCCGUCCCCGUCCGCCCCAUGAAGGGCGAGCGCCUGUUGCUCAAUUACCCCGGCGAGCCGCUGCCGGUACUGAUCAGUUCGCCCAAGCGUGGUCACAUGAUCAGCCGGUUGGACGGUCUCACCAGCGUCGGCAGCACCGGCGGCCGGGACUAUGACCGGAAGGAGCUUUUCUGGGGCGAGGAGUAUGACCGCCGGCCCACCGAAACUGCCCGAUUGGAACUCCUCCAGCGCGCCAUCGACGUCUUUCCCGACCUGGAGCGCGCCGAGUUGGUCCAGCAGCUUGCCGGUUCCCGUCCGCUCAGUCCCGACAGCAAACCCAUCAUCGGUCCGGUUCCCGGUCGGGACGGCAUUCUCCUGGCCACCGGCCACACCACCAAGGGCAUCCACCUGGGGCCCAUCACCGGCCGCAUUAUCACCGACUAUGUCUGCCGUGGUUCAACCGAGGUCGUCUCCGAUAUGAGCGAGUUCCUCCCCGACCGUUUCGCAGACUUUGCCGACGCCGAUUUCCUCACCGCAGACCAAACGGUGGACGAAUAG